AUGGCAGUCCGCCCCAGAUUCCGGUUGGUCUCUGCGCUUGUGCAAACCUUCCUUUGGGCUGAUGUUGUCAGAAGCCACUCCUUCACGGAAGAUGCUUGUGCUGUCAGCACACCAAGUGCAAAUCUGGAUGCUGGAGACCAGCAGGAAGAGUCCAUGCUGUUACAGCGCCAGGGCUCAUUGGGAAUGUCUGCUGCUCCCGAUGCUUUCGGUCUGGUACAGGAUUCACCUCUUGCAAAUCGCACGAUUCAUACUCAGGGCCUAUCCUUUAGCUGCACUUGGACGCCGUCUUCGUGUUCUGGAAGGCUGCGUGGCAAGCAGGUGCUUCUCCUUCACGGUUUCCCGAUGUGGAAGGAGACCUGGUUGGACUUAAUGAAGGAGUUGGCAAACGUUGGCUACUGUGCUGCUGCUUGCGACCAGCGUGGAUAUUCACCAGGUGCGUCCCCUCUCUCUCAGCGCGACUACACUGUGAGGAAGCUGGUGGGCGAUGUUGCCGGUUUUGCAAAUGCUUUCGGGUUUAGACGAUUCCAUCUCGUUGCCCACGACAUUGGCGCCGUCAUCGGCUGGCUUUUCUUAGGCUCGAAACGCUGGCGCCGGCGAGUAGUAAGCUUUACCAGCUUGGCAGUUCCCCACCCGGUGGCUUUCUCGAAGGGUCUCUUCGGCGAGACAGCCGACCUGGAGCAGAAGGCGGCAUCGGCCUAUUUCAAUUUCUUCACGCGUCCGAGCUCUGCUUCUCUCGCCAACAACACGCUGUACGAGUUCUUGGGCGCCCCUUUCGCUCCGUCCCAGACCUCCAUGACCCCACCGGGCCCUGGGUGGGAGUCACCGGAAGCGUUUCAGAGGGCGUUGUGGUGGUACAAUGCAAUCAUCCCUCGAUGGAUGGCGGAAGGUCCAUUGCUCUCCGUGGCGGAGCUGGCUCAACUGGGCUUUCAGCAGAUGGCUGCUUUGCUUCAACUUCUGGGUGGUGACCCAACCGCAGGCAAGGCUGCAGAGAAGCGUGCUGCAAGCAUUUCUGCGCCCACCCUUUUCAUUUGCGGGAGCGAAGAUCAUGCAAUCCUCUGCACGAGACCCUUCUCAAGGGCAACGCAGCAGUUUUGCAAAGGCAGCUAUGAGUUUUUGGAGGUCAAGUGUGGGCAUGAUCCCCAGCAUUGCCAGGACCCAAACCAGACUAAAAUCGUGACAGAUGCCAUUCUCGACCAUGUCGAGAAGAAUUCGCAUUGGAGAUAUGCUUCUCCCAGGUGA